AUGGUUCUGGAUUACAAGUGUGACAAGGAGGAAAUGCUUCUUUCUGUCAUCAGAGAUUGCAACACCAAAUCCUCAAGGCAGAUGGCCUCCAUCUUCAGCAUCUUCAAGGUCCCACAGCUUGGUUUUGACUUCCUCAAGUUCACUUGGGUAGACAGAACAAUUUAUCCUUCCUUCUUCCGGAUUAAUCCCAAGGAAUUUCCUCAGUAUGUGGGUUUAGUCCAGCUGCUCCUGUAUUUCCACUGCAACUGGGUUGGGCUUCUGGCUUGUGAAAAUGGCACUGGAGAACACUUCAUCUCAACUCUGAUUCCAAUGAUCAAGGAGAAGGAGAUCUGCCUGGCCUUCACUGAAAUGUUCAAUGCUGAUGGAGGGAAGAUGACAAGAAUGGCUGGGCUGCUUCUCUUGCUGCUGCUCUUCAGGAUCCUUCCCUCACCUGCUGCUAAGAGGAUUCCGGCUGAAUAUGUGUUGAAAACCCCUUUCCAGAUUCAGGAAAAAUUGAACUAUUACCGGCCUGGUGAACUCAUUAUUGGUGGGAAUUUUCUCCUGACAUUAUUGGUUUCACCCAACAACCAAGACUUUCAAAAACAGCCAGCUUUGCAUCAUCUUAAACUUAUAUUUAUAGCCAAGAACUACCAGCACUUCAUGGCCUUAGUCUUUGCAGUCACAGAGAUCAACAAGAGUUUGGUUCUGCUGCCCAACAUCACCCUUGGCUUCAAUAUCUAUAGCAAUUUCCAAACUGAGAUGUCAAUUUCCUCAAACAGCCUCUCCCUGCUCUCCACACGAGGCCGAAUGGUUCCCAGUUAUAAAUGUGACAGGAAGGACACUCUGCUCUCUGUCGUUGGAGGUCUCAACUCCAAAUCUUCUCGGCUGAUGGCCUCCAUCUUCAGCAUCUUUAAGGUCCCAAAGCUUGGUGUUGACUUUAAGUACUCACAUGAAGACAGCAUAGUUUAUCCUUCCUUCUUCCGAGUUAACCCCAGUGAGUUUCCUCAGUAUAUGGGUUUAGUCCAUCUGCUCCUGCAUUUCCAGUGGAACUGGGUUGGACUUCUGGCCCCUGAAGAUGACAAUGGAGAACAUUUCAUCUCAUCUCUGAUGCCAUUGCUCAAGGAGAAGGAGAUCUGCCUGGCCUUCUCUGAAAAGUUGAAGUCAGAUAUCUUUGCUACUACAGAGUCAAAAUUGCUUCAUGUUUUCAAGAUGUGGUCUAAAGCUGAAGUUAUUAUUCUGUUUGGAGAUUCCAGUAGCAGUGCAAAUGUACAGGUAGCUGUGUAUGGUCAUGAAGUAAUGAGAAAGAAACCAUUUCAGAAAGUUUGGAUCCUGACUUCCCAUUGGAAACUUAAUGUGGUGGGAUCUAAAAACAUAUUGCAACUUAUAAAGCCCUUCCAUGGGGCUUUGCAUUUUAGGCAUCACAUGGGAGAUGUCUCAGAUUUCAACCAUUUCCUCCUGUCUUUAAAUCCUUGGAACCCACAAGGGGAUCUUUUUCUUUCUCCGUGGUGGGAAAGGGUCUUUGGCUGCAUUAUUCACAAACCAGGAUUGAGCCCUAAAACGGGGAAAAAACCAUGCACAGGAAAGGAGAAUUUAGAGAACGUCCCGACUUACAUCUUUGAGAAACGCAUGACAAGUGAAAGUUACAAUAUCUACAAUGCCAUUUAUGCUGUGGCACAUGCAUUGCAUGCAAUGUAUGGAUCAGUAACCCAAUCAAUAAUGAAGAGGUUUGGAAAGAAGAUCGCAAAUGUCCAGUCAUGGCAGAUUCUUGCCUAUUUGAAGAAUGUCCAGUUCAACGACAGUGCUGGAAAUGAAGUCUCCUUCUCAGAAAAUGGAUUGGGAUCAGCUCAAUAUGAUCUUCUCAACUGGAUUCUCUGCCCCAAUCAAUCUUUUUUCCCCAUAAAAGUUGGGCAAAUCAAUCCCAGGGCUCCCUCAGGCCAAGAUUUCACCAUUAACAAAGAUGCAAUCAUCUGGGCCACAAAGGAAGUGCCCUUUGCCAGGUGUGGCAGGAAGAGGUGCCAUGCAGGAGAGAGGAGAAAUGUUCCAAAGGGAGAACAGGUUUGUUGCUACCAAUGUAACUCUUGUCCAGAAGGCACCAUUUCGAAUCAGACAGAUUCAGCCCACUGUGAUCCUUGCCCAGAAGACCAAUUUCCCAAUGAGCACAAGGAUCACUGCAUUGCCAAGAAGAUCCACUUCCUUGCCUUUGAAGAGACCCUGGGAUACACUUUAGUAUCUUUAGCUUUGUCUCUCUCUCUGAUCACAUCUGCAGUCCUGGCAACUUUCCUUCACCAUCGUGAGACUCCAAUUGUCAAGGCCAACAAUCGAGAUCUCACCUACAUUCUCCUGGUCUCCCUCCUGCUCUGCUUCCUCUGCUCCUUCCUUUUCAUUGGUCAACCUGGGAAGCUCACUUGUCUCUUUCGACAAACUGCCUUUGCCAUUGUCUUUUCCCUUGCAGUGUCCUCUGUGUUGGCAAAGACUGUCAUGGUGGUUCUGGCUUUCAUGGCCACCAAACCAGGAAACAAGACAAGGAAACUCUUAGGAAAACCGUUGACCAAUUCCAUUGUCAUAGUUUGUCCCUUGGUUCAAGUACUUCUUUGUGCCAUCUGGCUGGUAACCUCUCCCCCAUUUCCCAACUUGGACUUUCAUUCCAUAUUUGGAGAGGCCAUCUUGGAAUGUAAUGAAGGCUCAGCUUCAAUGUUUUACACUGUCCUUGCCUACCUGGGAUUUUUAGCCCUCAUCAGUUUUACGGUAUCAUUUCUAGCUAGGAAAUUACCUGACAGCUUUAAUGAAGCCAAGUUCAUCACUUUCAGUAUGCUGGUCUUUUGCAGUGUUUGGAUUACUUUCCUCCCCACCUACUUGAGCACCAAAGGGAAGUCCAUGGUGGCUGUGGAGAUCUUCUCCAUCUUGGCUUCUGGAGCUGCUGUCUUGGCUUGCAUUUUUUCUCCCAAAUGCUACAUUAUCCUAUUGAGACCCAACCUUAAUUGCAGAGAAAAUAUCAUAAGAAAUAAGAAUUUCUAA